CUUGCUUCUUUCCUUCCUCGCUUCCUACCUUCCUUUCUUCCUCGCCUCUUCUUUUCUUGCUUCCUUCCUUCUUUGCUUCCUUCCUUCCUCGCAUCUUUCCUUCCUCGCUUGCUUCCCACCUUGCUUCCUUCCUUCCUCGCUUCAUUCCUUCCUUGUUUCCUCGCCUCUCUCUUUCAUCGCUUCCUUCCUUCCGUCCUUCUUCCUCACUUCCUUUCUUCCUUCCUUCCUUGCUUCAUUCCUUCCUUCCAUGCUUCCUCGCUUGCUUUUUUCCUUGCUUCCUCGCUUCCUUCCUUCCUCACAUCCCUCCUUCAUUCCUUGCUUCCUUCCUUCCUCGCUUCAUUUUUUCCUCCUUCCUUGCAUCCUCGAUUCCUUCGUUUUUUUCCUCGCGUCCUUCCUUUUUUGCUUCAUUCCUUCCUUGCUUCCUCGCUUCCUCCCUCGCUUCCUUAUCUCCUCCUUCCUUGCUUUCUUCUUUCCUUGCUUCCUCGAUUCCUUCCUUCCUCACUUGCAUCCUCUCUUCCUUGCUUCCUCCCUUCCUCACUUCCUUCUUUUCUCCUUCCUUGCUUCCUCGUUUCCUUCAUUCUUUCCUCGCGUUGUUCUUUUGUCGCUUCA